AUGGCAAGAGGCAAAAUUUCUAGCUUUGAAGAAGAGAAACUGGAUAACGGACAGUCCCAAACAUCGAAUAUGCAAGUUGACUCAAUGAAAAGCAGCAGAAGUGACUUAAAUUUUCAAGUGCCGAAUGGAGGAAUACCUCACAUGCAACCUCAGGUUUCAGCCGUACCUUCUCCAGGCAAAUUCUGUUUCCCUGCAGUACCAUCUCCUUUGGCUUUCCAGCAACCAGUAAAAGCAUUUAACAACCAUGGCUCUAGUUCUCCUGGUACCAAAGAAACAAUACAGUUCAUACAAGCCACCUCCCCACCCGGGGCCUCCCAUGGUUCAGAGCACACAGUCCCAGCAAAUCCUCCCAACAAUAUCAAUAGCCCUACUUCAACCAGAUCUGCAGGAACAACCACAGUCAGAAGUGGCUUGUGGAGACCCACUUCCCCUUCUGCUGGGGGUAUACCAGUACCUCACAGCAAACUUGCACAGUCUAUUCACAGAUCCUUGCCAGUUCCUAAAACCUGUGGUUGCCUGAAAGAGGACAGUUGGAAGGAUUACUGUUAUCAACCAACAGAGGCAAGAAUGCAGAGGUCCACAGCUGCAUGGAUACCCCUUCACUAA